CUUCCCAAUCACCUCGGAUGCCGUAUCCGUGGAUUACUUUUCUCGCGACGAUUUCGGCUUGCUCGGAUCAGCAUGCAGCCAUUUGCGACUUGAGAUCGAAUGUUCACCGUUGAUUCUGGGAGUUCGUUGUAAUCGGCCGCACCCGCCGGAGAGCUGGGUAUAAGGGGUGCGAUACAAACAAAGCGUGAAAGCGCAUCACUUCGGACGACCAGAUGGCUUCUUUGCAAGCCUCAUUAGUAGCAAACCUGCUGCCAUCUCUCCUUUUUUCGACUCUCUCUCCUUCCAGAUCCUCCUCAUUCGCCUCUUCUUCCGUCCACGACCUUCUCACCACGACCUCAAAUUUCGCUUCGGAUCUUCCGCAUAAUCAUGACGGAAGUAAAGGGGGAAAUAUGCACGAAUGGUCAUCCCUGAUCGGUAUCGUGACGGCUCUUUGUGGAAAUGUCUUGAUCUCCUUAGCCCUCAAUAUCCAACGCUAUGCCCAUAUCCGAAUCGCAAGAGAAUGGGAGCAGGACAAGAGUCAGAAGGAAGCCGAUUGGAGACGCACACAUUCCGGAUCUGAUAUCGCGAACUCGAACGGGGCUGUUGGAAGCAACGGGACUCGCGACCAGUCACGAGGCCGAUCUCGGGAACAAUACCGAGAUUCUGAGGAUACCUUCGAGCCUUACCGUGACGAUGACACCCAAAGGCGGAACAGCACGUCAAGCUCUCGAGAUGGCAAUUAUCCCGGGGAAGGCGGGAACCGCAAGUCUUAUCUCAAGUCGCCGUACUGGUGGGUUGGUAUCGUCCUCAUGGUUGUGGGCGAGAUGGGCAAUUUCAUGGCUUAUGGUUUUGCACCAGCUUCGAUUGUGUCACCAUUGGGAGUUGUGGCUUUGAUCUCUAACUGCAUUAUUGCGCCAUGCUUGCUGAAAGAGAAGUUCCGCAAACGCGAUUUCUGGGGUGUGCUGGUCUCUGUUGCUGGGGCUGUCGUUGUCGUUCUCAGUGCCAAAUCAUCCGAAGAACAAAUUGGACCCCACGAGAUUUGGGUGAUGAUUACCCGUUGGGAAUUUGAACUCUAUCUUGGAUUGACUAUUUCUUUGAUUAUUGGUCUGAUGUGGGCAAGUCACCAAUAUGGCUCUCGCUCAAUUCUCAUUGAUGUAGGGCUUGUGGCACUAUUUGGUGGAUAUACUGCCCUGUCUACCAAGGGUGUCUCUUCACUCCUGUCUGGCCAACUAUGGCACAUCAUUACAUUCCCAAUCACCUAUGUUCUCGUCUUUGUGCUUGUUUCCAGCGCAUUAAUGCAGAUUCGUUACAUCAACCGUGCCUUGCAGCGCUUCGAUUCUACGCAAGUGAUUCCGACACAGUUUGUACUCUUCACCCUUGCUGUGAUCAUCGGAAGUGCAGUUCUUUACCGUGAUUUCGAAUCGAUCACAGCGACCCGGGCCACAAAGUUUGUCGGAGGAUGUUUGUUGACAUUCCUUGGUGUGUACUUUAUCACGAGUGGUAGAGUCCGCGCCGACGACGAGUCAUCCUUUUCAUCUGAAGAUGAGGAGGGAUCUAUUGGUUUGUUGAACGGCGAAAGAUAUCAUGAUAGAUUUGAUUUGUCUCCUCCUGGUCAUCAACUGCCGAAGGCGAAGGCAUCUCAUCUUGACAGAAACGCGCAAGAUGGCACCGUCCAGUCACCUCCAGGGUCCUUAUUGAGUCAAGGCAUUGAAGGGGUUGAUGAUGGCGAGUUGACUCCUGGAGGUGUCCUUUCCGCUGCGCCCUCUUCGCCACGGGGAUCCCUCACUGCAGACUCCCCUAUUUCUCCCCCAUCCUUCGACCAUACUUCACCAUUGCGACCCCCGUCUCGCAUGUCCAAUCCCUGGGCAGACAUUCAAGAAGAGGCUGUUGUGACUCCCGAAUCUGAUCACCACUCUUAUCGCCCUUCCACUCCAACUCAACAAGAUAGUGAUACAGCACAGGCUUCGACCGUUCUUUUGCGGUUUCCCCCUGCCCCUGGCCUGGAAGAAGUGUCAGGACACAAUGGCAGCGCUGGAACUGUGCGACGUGCUUCGACGCCCACGCUGCUAAACCAACCAAGUCAACUUGGUCCCGAUGAGACUCCCUUGGAGACCCCUUCGCGGCGCACUCUGCGUAGCUCCGUCUCACACCGCUUUUCGCCCGGAGCUCUUCUCCCCACGCUAUCUGGUGGUUUCAGUGCCGUCGUGGCUGACUCUAUCCGACGCGGAGACGGCAGCCCUCUCAAGGACCGCACAAAGCGAAAAUUAGGACGUCGCCGUCAACUUGACGGUGCUUUCACCGAUCCGUCUCUCUUUGUUGACGGGAAUGAACCAGAAUCAUCACUUUCAGUUGCCACUGCUCGUCUCCAGUCCGCCACGAACCUCGCUGAUGCGCCUGCAGAGGCUGGCCGCUCUACCCCGGCUCUUGCAACAAAAAAUCACCCCACGCAGGCGCCAGACUCUAACAAAGACGUGGCUCGUCUUCGCAGUUUCAGUGACUCGUGGAAUGGUGGACUUGCAUGGCUGGGAGAUGCUCUGCGCAAAAACCACAGCAAAGCCAUUGACGGGGCGGCGACGCAAGGAACGCCAACUCCCCACGACGAAGACGCACCGCCCGGUCCAAGAAACGAGCCACGCAGUAAUGCCGGUGCCGAGAACGAAUCUCGGCGAUAAUCACCGCAAUGGACACAUCGGCCUUGACUGGUAAGGUCAGAUACGUGACAGUGGCUGGUUCACUCGAACUGUACAUACUAUUUCUACUUCCCUCGCCAUUUUUCUGGGCAUCUUCUUGCUGCGAUAUUCCCUUGGCGGUACAUUAUUGUCUUGUAAUUGUUAUUGCAUUGUCCGGGUAUAUGUUAGGCAUCUAAUAAUGUAUUUCUUCCAGUGUAUUUCCUCACUACAAUGUAUAGUUGGCCGACAGAGAGUGAGUGGCUCGUCGAAAGCCACCCAUCUCGCUUUAGUCUUAUGUACAAUUAAG